AUGGAUAUUUACAACAACGAUCAAUUCUUAGAUCUUUCUUCUUAAUAUGAAUAUUAGGAAAACUCUUAAGGUCUAUUUCACUUUAUUGCAACAGAUUAGGAUCGUAGAAAUUCAACAUAUGAAGACAAUAUGAACAAUGAUUUAUAAGUAUAAAAUGGCGAAAGACCGAUGACAAAAAAUGAAAUUGUGAAUAAUUAAAAUUUUUUUAAUAGAAAUGAGACUCCACUUACAUAGAAUCAAACAAAUGAAAAUAAUAAAAAAAAAAAUAGAACUCUAAAAGUAAAUAAUAUAAAUAUAAUUAGCCUGAAAUUGAAUCCAUAUUGCCAGGUGAGAGUAAAAAUUUAUCUAAAUGUUAUGGAAGAUAAUUAUAAUAAUUCAUUCAAAAUGUUAUUAGAAACACUAAAGAUUCUAAAUUGAAAUAAUUGAUUGAAGACAAAGAUAUUCAAUAAUUCUUGUCAAUUAAUCCAGAUAAAAUAAGAAAAUUUGAUUUAAAUUAGUUCGUCAAUUCUCCAAAAGGAAGAAUCUUUUCUAAAGAAUUUUUUGAUUAAUGUUUAUGGGCAAUUGGAAUAGUUAAAGAAUCAAAAACUCAUGUAAAUCCCCUAUUCCGAUAUAACAUUGAGAUUUUUUGUGAAACAAUUAAAAAAUAAAUUAAAAUAAAUGAGUGA